ACUGAUGUUCGCAUUUUUCUGCGUUGCUAUUCACCAUCCUUCCUGCCAUGCUGGGAAUCUCCAAGGUCUAGUUUCCCUCCUUCCAAAUUGUUCUACCACAAUCAAAAUCCACACAACACUAUAAUCGAGAACACAUCAAAUAUGAAGAUGUCAACAUCCUUGGAAAGAGUCAGCGCUCUCCUCACCAGAGCAAUGUCUCUGUCAAAUGCGCACAUUGUCACAAGAACAGUUCCAUCGCACGCAACGGGUUCAAGUUCAAUUUCAGUACCAAACCACACUGCCGCAAAGAACACAGCCACGGAUGCUGCGAACUUCUCCCGUCUCGGCGCAUGUCUUACAGCCUUACCUGUCGACGAAAAGUACAUACUACCCAACCUACUCGCAUGUCCAAUUACACGUCACGUGUCGAUGAUCCAUCCAUCACAUCUCAAGACUUCGAACAACGCCAAAGCCGAAGUUGAAGCCGAAGCUCAACGCAAGAUGCGGAGGGAAGUUCAUCUUCGCUGGUACAGAGGAGUGUCCGAAAUACGAUACGACCAAUGUACGACUGCGGCAAAAGCUGAUUAAUGAUAUCGCCUAUCAUGAUGGUCAGAUUUUUGAUUGGAGGGCUGACGGAAGGCUUCGGGAUUUGGGAUUGGGGGUUUGGAACUUUGCUUACGGAUCUGCAUUUGCAUCACGUGCUU